UUUGUGUUUUGUACACAAACGACAUCGAGUCAGACGAGUGAGAAAGAUCGAUGGCGAAAGAAGGGAGUUGUCUAUUUCGAAUUGGGUACUUUUUUUACACAAGAACUCGAAUUGGACAGAUAUACCACAGAAGGGACAUAGCUAAGGCUCGUGAAAAAUAUCCAGAUGGGAAGACACACACUACCAUUCAACCAUUUGAGUAUGGAGAUUUGACAAUAACGCCAUUCCCUAUAUUACUGGACAACUAUUCCUACAUCCUAAGGGACUCCAAGUCAGCUGUUAUUGUGGACCCAGGGGACCCAGAGCCAGUUAUUAAAUACUUAAAAGACAAUGGGAUAUCCCCUGAAGCAGUACUGGUCACCCACAAACACUGGGAUCAUAGCGGAGGGAACAGUGAGAUGAAGCAGGCCUACCCAAACCUCCGGAUAUAUGGAGGAGUCCACGACAAUGUGAACAAUGUUACAGACACUGUGAGAGAUCUGGAUGUAUUACCGUUUGGUGACAUGCGUUUUACGGUACACUUUACCCCUGGACAUACGGAGGGACAUGUUGUUUACCUCCUAGAUGGGGCACCAUUUGGGAUGUCAGAUUCUCUGUUCUCGGGGGAUCUUCUUUUUCUAGGGGGCUGUGGGAGGAUGUUUGAGGCAGCACCCUCAGUGAUGCUUGGGUCCUUAGACAAGGUGUCCAAUUUAAAGGGGGACGUUCUCGUCUGGCCAGGUCAUGAAUAUGCAAAUGAUAAUUUGGAUUUUGCAUGUCAUUUAGAAAAUUCCAAUGAAGAAUCAAAGAAGAAGUACGAGUGGGUAAAGAGCCAAAGAGAAAAGAAUCUAUGUACAUGCCCGUCAACCAUAGAAGAGGAGAGGUCCUAUAAUCCGUUCCUAAGGACAGCUGAACCAGGUAUUCUAGAGGCGGUGAAGGUCACAGAGUUUGAACAGCCAGUAUCAGAUGAAACCAGAGCCAAAAUACUCCGAGAAAUCAGAACAUUAAAGGACAGCUACAAAUAUAAACUCUAGGGAUUGUCAGAUGUAAGGACAGAUGAUACAAACAAAAGUGUGGAUGCCUGGAUUGGUAUAUAAUAUUUUUUUAACUAUUUUGGUUGUAAAUGAUAUGACACUGACAAAUAGAUUUCUGAGGUAUUAAGAAUUUGUAAACUCUCUAUCAUGUUCAAAAUUCAAAUUUUCUGUGACCAUCUCUGUAAUUAUAUACAAUUUUUGUCACUUAAAAUCCCAUUAUUGUGAAACUUGACAUGAAAAAUUAAAAGGUUAAACUUAUUCACUU